GUGACUGAAUAUCAUUGUUAAGACAUGGAAUACCUUAAGGUACAAGUUUGGUUCUCAUUAUUUAACUUAUUCUGACCAGUGACCAAUUCUCAAGGUAGCAUCCUAACAAUUUCAUAAGAUCAGAGUCCACAAUUUUGCAGCACUUUAAUUUUACUACCUUCUUCCAUGAUGGCAAAUCAAGACAUUACUAUUACUACCGACGAUUAUGAACCCAAUAAUUUAGUGUACGAUGUUUUUCUUAGUUUCAGGGGUGAAGACACACGCUACUCUUUCACAGGUUUUCUCUACGAUGCUCUGUUGAGGAAGGGAGUGAGAGUGUUCAUGGAUGAUGAAGAGUUGAAGGGCGGGGACCGAAUCGCGCAAUCUCUGGUGAAUGCGAUCCAGCAAUCAAGGAUUUCGAUUGUUGUUUUUUCUGAGAAUUAUGCAACUUCAAGGUGGUGUCUUGAUGAACUAGUGGAGAUCGUUGAGUGUAUGGAGUUGAAGAAGCGAUUGUUGGUUUGGCCAAUCUUUUACAAAGUGGCACCGUCUGAUGUGAGGCAUCAGAGAAAGAGUUACGGUGAAGCCAUGGCUGCACAUGAAGAAAGGUUCGGAAAUGGAUCUGUUAAGGUCCAGAAAUGGAGAUCAGCUUUGUCUCAAGUUGCUAACUUGAAAGGAUGGUCUUACCAAACAGGGUAUGAAUAUGAAUUUAUACAUGAGAUUGUGAAAAGGGUCACUACUAAGUUACAACAUGAACAAGUAAAUCUUGGAGACACCUAAUUGGACACCAGUCUCGCAUAGAAGAACUGAGGUCACUUUUAGACAUUGAAUCCCAAAGGACAGUUUGCAUGCUAGGAAUUUAUGGAACAGGAGGAAUCGGCAAAACAGCACUUGCCAAAGCUCUUUAU